AUGAAAGGGCUAUUGGUCUUCGGGACAAUGAUAUUUGUUGCCAUCUUCGGUUUCCUGUGGGCUUCCACGGGCUCUGGGACCCCAAAAACAGCUCUGGAUGAGACUCUGGUCUUGGGGGAAGCCUGGUGGGAUCCAGGACCCCGUUCCCCCCUGGACCAUUUCCCUCAUGCCAGAACGCCUUUCAUUCCCUUUUUUACGACUCAGUCGCUCGAUGCGAUUCGCGUGGCGAAGGUUGCGAGCGAGCUUGACUACAUCUCUCCAAUGGCCAGGGCGGGGCAUGUUUUUUCUGCUCCGCUUUCGCCCCGCUCCAUUGCGCUAUAA